AUGGGUUCCAACACAUCCAAAACAAUAAUGCCUGCCUCCACAAAGUCACCAUUACCAGAAACAGAAGAAGAAAUCUUUAAUGAAAAGCCUUACUCAUCGACUUCUACCUUUGAUAAUUUCCGUGAACAAUUUGAGGGACUUGAAUUAGAAAAUGCUGAGAACGAAAUCAACCCAAUCUCCGAAAACAUCUUAUCUAAAUGGGAAGAUGAUUUCAAAUCCCAGACAAAGAAUCUUUUAGCUCAAAAUGCUCUUGCCAAGAACGCCAUUGUUGAUGUUAUUGCAAAGAAUUCUGUCGGCAAACAAUCUUUAAAAGAUAGAUAUUUGUUUAAUAUCACAGUUGAUACCAUUGGAUCACCAGCUCACCUUAACAACCAGAAACUGUCUGGAAGAUGCUGGAUUUUUGCCUCAUCCAACGUAUUACGAACCCACGUCAUCAAGAAUUACAAUUUGAAAGAGGACGACUUUCAACUUUCUCAAUCCUACUUGUACUUUUACGACAAGUUAGAAAAAGCAAACUUUUUCUUGGAGAACAUUGAAGACACAUCCAGUGAAGACUUGGAUUCUAGAUUAAUCAGUUAUUUGUUUAGCAACCCAGUUAAUGAUGGUGGUCAAUGGGAUAUGAUUGUGAAUUUGGUUAACAAAUAUGGUGUAGUCCCAAAUGAGGUAUUCCCAGAUAAUGCCCAAUCAACUAACUCGUCAAAAUUGAAUUAUGUUGUCACGGAAAAAUUAAGGGAAUAUGGACUUAAGCUUAGAAGUUUAAUAGCUAAAGAUGCACCAAAGAAUGUUAUUAGUUCUUUCAAGGCAAGUGCUAUUAAAUCUAUCUAUAAGACAAUCGCUUUAGCUUUAGGAACACCACCUAAGCCAACUGACGAGUUUUUGUGGGAAUUUAUCGACAAAGAUGGGAAAUACAAGUCUUUUAAAACCAAUCCAUUAGACUUUUACAAGACUCAUGUCCGCUUUGAUGCUUCCGAACACUUUUCUUUGAUCCAUGAUCCUAGAAACGAGUACAACAAAUUAUACACUGUCGAAAGGUUAAAUAACAUAUUUGGUGGAAAACCAAUUGAAUAUAUCAAUCUCGAAAUUGACGAGAUUAAACAAGUUGCAAUUAAAAUGUUGAAAGAUAAUGAGCCUGUGUUUUUUGGUUCAGAUGUUGGCAAGUUUUCCGAUUCAAAAUCUGGAAUUUUGGACACAACUGCCUAUGACUAUUCAACUGCUUUUGACUUUAGCUUGGAUAUCACCAAACUGCAGAGAUUGAAGGUUGGUUCAUCCCAAAUGACACAUGCUAUGGUGAUCACUGGAGUGCACAUCGACCCACAAACAAACAAACCAGUAAGAUGGAAGAUUGAAAAUUCAUGGGGCGAAGAUUCUGGUCAAAAGGGUUGGUUUAUGAUGACCGAUGAAUGGUUUGAUGAAUAUGUUUUCCAAAUUGUGACAAACAAGAAGUAUUCAGGAAAGAAAGCAUACGAUAUCUGGAAAAGCAAAGAAUUCAAUACAUUGCCAUAUUAUGACCCUAUGGGUGCUUUAGCUUAA